AUGGAAGUUGACUUACAUGCUUUUCUUACAACUAUUGAUUUGCCUUUGCCUAUUGAUGUUGAUGAUAAAUAUGUUUGGGUAGCUGGUGAUUCAAACUGUUUUGAUUUCAGGUCCUCCUCCACAUGGGACGUUCUCAGACCGAGGCAGGAUAUCAAAAACUGGGUGGACGUGGUUUGGUUUAAAGGUGCAAUCCCCAAGCAUAGCUUUAACAUGUGGAUCGCUAACUACGAUCGGAUGCCGACGAGGUCUAGGCUCGUAGCUUGGGGCUUACCGAUAUCAGCGGCAUGCCCUCUCUGUUCUAACUUCGAUGAAACAAGGGAUCAUCUUCUCCUGUCCUGUGCUUACAGUCUUGCUAUCUGGCGGGAGGUCUUCAGCAGAUGUCAACCGCCGGUGGGAGCUUUCACCAACUGGUCCGAGCUCCUAUCUUGGAUCAGAGCUGCAACGUCAAGGAGGCUCUCUCUGUUAAGGAAGAUCGCGACUCAGGCUGUGGUUUACCACAUAUGGAAACAGAGAAACAAUAUGGUGCAUAAUCAGCAACUCAUCCCCCCUGCAACCGUGUUCAAUAACAUUGAUAAGGAGAUUCGAAACAUAAUCUCGGCUAGAAGGCGCAGGAAGCUUUUUGAUUCACUAAUGGGAGAUCCAGAACUAAGUUAG